GCACUCAGGGGCGGCGGCUGCACGGCCCGGGCGCGGCCCCUGCGCGUGGGCUCACACAGCCCCGGGGCUGCCGCAGCGCCCCGCGCGUCCCGCUGACACCGGGGGGGGAUCCCCGACGUAGGGCAUGGAGCGGGGAGCAGCGGGGAGCCCGGGACCCCGUCCCUGUACGUCCCCGUCCCGCACAGCCCCGUGGGCAGUACCGAACACCCCCCGCCGCCGCCGCCCUCCCGCGGGGCCCCGUGCGCUCGGACCGGCCCCAGCCGCCGCCUGCCAGCAGCUGCCCGGCGCCGCGCGGUUAAAAAUAGCGGCGCGGCCAUGGCGGCUCCGGGCCACUCUCCCACCCGCUUCCACCGCGUGCACGGCGCCAAUGUGCGCCUGGACGCCUCGCGCACGCGGGCCACGCGGGUCGAGAGCUUCGCCAACGCGCUGUGCUUCAGCCACGAGCCGCUGGCACCCGGACAGAUCUUCCUGGUGGAGAUCGAGGAGAAGGAGCUGGGCUGGUGCGGGCACCUGCGAGUGGGGCUGACGGCGCACGACCCGCAGAGCCUGGGCGCCGUGCCCGAGUACUCGCUGCCUGACCUGGUCAGCCUGGGGGACUCCUGGGUGUUCGCCAUCACCCGCAGCCACAACCGCGUGUCGGUCGAUGGGCAGGAGGAGCCGGCCCCGGCCCCGGCCCCGCUCUGGGAGCCCGAGCUGCGCAUCGACGGCGUGAGGAUCCCCCGCGACAAACUGGUGGGGCGCAGCCGUCCCGGGCGCUACAGCCACCUCCUGGAUGAGCUGUACCGCACCAACGUGCUGCCGCCCACCGCCCUGCGCAGCCGCAUCGGCGUGCUGUACGCCCCGCGGCCCGACGGCACGGCCGACAUGCACAUCGUCAUCAACGGAGAGGACAUGGGGCCGAGCGCCCGGAGCCUGCCCACCGCGCGGCCGCUCUAUGCUGUGAUUGACGUCUUCGCCUCCACCAAAAGCGUCCGUGUGAUCCAGGUGGAAUACGGCUUCCCCUCCUUGCAGACGCUCUGCCGGUUGGUCAUCCAGAAGCACAUUGUGCACCGCCUGGCCAUCGACGGCUUGGAUCUACCCCCCAUGCUGAAGCACUUCUGCCAACACGAGUGAGGAACUGAGGGUGCUGCAUGGCCUGACGCAGCCCCCAGCCCCCCAGAGCAUGCCAGAGAGACUUUCCUCUGUGUGAACGGGUACGGUUGGAGCUCUGAGCACCAGAUGUAGCUGUAGGUGCCUCUGUUCACUGCAGGGGAGUUGGACUAGAUGGCCUUCAGGGGUCUCUUCCAACUCAAAUUCUUGUACGGUUGGGCUCAUUGCCCACUCACAGAAGAGAGUGAGUAAUAAAGCACUUCAAGGCACA